GUACGCCCUCAACUCCCGCUGACAGCAGUGCCCACAGUACGCCCUCAGCUCCCGCUGACAGCAGUGCCCACAGUACGCCCUUGACUCCCGCUGACAACGGUGCCCACAGUACGCCCUCAACUCCCGCUGACAACGGUGCCCACAGUACGCCCUCGACUCCCGCUGACAGCAGUGCCCACAGUACGCCCUCAACUCCCGCUGACAACGGUGCCCACAGUACGCCCUCGACUCCCGCUGACAGCAGUGCCCACAGUACGCCCUCAGCUCCCGCUGACAGCAGUGCCCACAGUACGCCCUCAACUCCCGCUGACAACGGUGCCCACAGUACGCCCUCGACUCCCGCUGACAGCAGUGCCCACAGUACGCCCUCAGCUCCCGCUGACAGCAGUGCCCACAGUACGCCCUCAGCUCCCGCUGACAGCAGUGCCCACAGUACGCCCUCAACUCCCGCUGACAGCAGUGCCCACAGUACGCCCUCGACUCCCGCUGACAGCAGUGCCCACAGUACGCCCUCAGCUCCCGCUGACAGCAGUGCCCACAGUACGCCCUCAACUCCCGCUGACAACGGUGCCCACAGUACGCCCUCAACUCCCGCUGACAACGGUGCCCACAGUACGCCCUCGACUCCCGCUGACAGCAGUGCCCACAGUACGCCCUUGACUCCCGCUGACAGCAGUGCCCACAGUACGCCCUUGACUCCCGCUGACAACGGUGCCCACAGUACGCCCUCAACUCCCGCUGACAGCAGUGCCCACAGUACGCCCUCGACUCCCGCUGACAGCAGUGCCCACAGUACGCCCUCAACUCCCGCUGACAACGGUGCCCACAGUACGCCCUCGACUCCCGCUGACAGCAGUGCCCACAGUACGCCCUCAGCUCCCGCUGACAGCAGUGCCCACAGUACGCCCUCAACUCCCGCUGACAGCAGUGCCCACAGUACGCCCUCAACUCCCGCUGACAACAGUGCCCACAGUACGCCCUCGACUCCCGCUGGCCACGGUGCCACGGGUAUGGUUUUGUUUUUUCCCGAUGGCGCUGCAUUUUCGGCCUUUUCGGACGGAGGGCUUCUUUUGUGUGCGGGUGCUUUGCUGCUGCACGUGUUCGUUAUGGCAGUUUUUUUCUGA